GGAAGCAGUAAGUGUCAAACAACGUAUCAACAAUGUGAAACUGGAGCGGAAAGUAGCGUAACUAGAGCAAUGUUUCUCACAUUGUAACGUUUCUCAAUAUUGAUUUCGUUGUGUCCACAGAUUGUGUCUUGGUUGACAAAGAAGGUAACCAGCGUUGUCUUUUAAGAAAAGGAACAUAGACGAGCAAAGUUUGAUUUGUUUGUGGAGGCAGUAAGCUAGUUAAGUCCUUGAGGAUGUCUGCUACCCAGGACAGUCAGUCCACGCUUGUGCACAGCCUUGCCACACUGUUGCGGAAUAAUGGUGAAUUUGUGUUGGAUGGCUCAAGCACUUUGACUCUGCAGGUGACUUGCUUGCAGCAUCUGACACAUCUCUUUGAACAGUACCUGAUCUCACGCACACACCAGCACGGCUUCCUGGCAUUGCCCUCACACCCAGCUGAUACCACCUCACUACUCCAGGUGCAGUUUCUCUUCGACAUGCUACAGAAGACCAUCUCGCUCAAGCUUGUACAUCCACCUGGGGCAAGACUGCAGUCCAUUGUGAAAAUUUUCCCCUUUAAGUCUCUCAAGCACUUAGAGCUGAAAAGAAUUCCCCCUCACUGUCUGGAAGGGCUACGUGGUGUCUACUCUCAGUUGGAGGUCUUCAUCUGCUCUAAAAGCCUCAACACUUUGGAGGAGCUACUGUUACUCUGUGGAGGAGAUCUCAGCACUGCUCUGCCUUGGAUAGAACUUCACACUCUGAACUUCAGCUAUAACUUUAUUUCCUGUCUUGAUGAAUCCCUGAGUUUGUUGAAUGUCCUGAAGUCACUGGAUUUAAGCCAUAACAAGAUCCGGGAAUGUGCCGAAUUCCUGAAGCCACUCUAUGAGCUCGAACAUCUCAAUCUUGCCUACAACAACCUGCGGAGGGCACCAGAGUUCGGCCUGAACACUAGAGCAAGACUGGUCACUUUGGUUCUCAGACACAAUGAACUGGAAAGCAUUAAUGGAGUGGAGCAUUUAUCUUCUCUUCAGUGUCUUGACCUGGCGUACAACCUGCUAAUGGAGCACACUCAACUAGCUCCACUCUCCCUUCUGCAUAAUCUCAACAUGUUAACUCUAGAAGGCAACCCUCUGUAUUUCCAAAAAACACACAGAAACUCAACCGUGCGUCACCUUUCUCCACAAGCUGCUUUCCGAGGACUUCAACUGGAUGGUUCUACAUUGUCUGCCACUGAGCUUGCAGUCUUGCCAAAACCCAGGCAGCAGUCCCAAACACACCAAGUUGCCAUGGCACCUGAGCAAACUGCACAGGACAUGUCGAGUGGAGGAGGAGAGUUGAGUGACAGCUUGUCUAUCAUUGAAUCAGGAGGAACUCGAGUUUACAGGAGGAAAUCCAAGCAUAAGGUGAAGGUGAGGACAGCUAGCAUCUCAGAACCCAGUGAUACAGAGCCUAGUUCAUCUUCUUUGCAAGACAUCAUCCUGCGCCACCAGAAGGACAUUGAGAAGUUGGACAGCUUCCGGGAGCAGAUGGGUGAGGACUGGCUACGCUACCAGCAUCAUCUUCAUGGCACUUCAGCCCAUGUGUCUGUCCCCAGGGUGGACACACUCGUAACACAGCUGACUGCUGAAAACCACUGCAACCCUUCACCUCCACAACCCAAAGUCAAUUGCACCAUGCCCAGAUUAGACUCUCACCUUGUCCCACUGCUAUCCUCUGAGUCAAAAAGAGAAGAGGAAGAGAUCUUGGGCUUUCAGCCUGAGACUGAAUCUACCCUGAAGUGGACAGGCCACAGCUUUGUAGACGCUGAGUCUACCCUAGAGACAAGUCUAGGAGACCCACAGCCUCCAGAGAAGGCCUACACUGAUCCACCAUUUGGAGAAGAAGAAGAGGACCUUGGAGUGGACCUGUGUAGGCCUAUGCUGGUCAGGGUGCUCUCUGAGAUUGAGGAUUUUAGCAGAAGAAAGGAGUCAGAGCCGCUAUUCCUGAGAGUACACCAGGCUUAUAUUUUGGAGGUGGACAUGCACCAGGGCUGUGUCAGGAGCCGAUUUGAGCUGGACAGCUUGCGGCAGGUCACCACCUCUCAAGCCACCUGGACAGAGAAGGGCAAGGAGAGCUCUCACCCAUCUCUAGAAUUGCGCUUUAGCUACAUUAGUCACGAAAGACAGAAACGACGCUACCUCAUGCUGGAUGAUGAUCCUCAGGAAGCCUUACAGGUUCUGCUGGAGUUGCUUUCUAGGGUAGCAGCGGAGAAUGAGCGGCAGGCAGAAAAGGUAAAAACAGAAAAUGCUCGGCUACAGUGUCUGAAGUGCCAAGCUGAAUUUUCCCAGCCUCCGUCUAAAAAUCUGAUGAGUGCCCUGUCUGAACCAGAUGUCUAUCACGGGUUACAAGACAAGACAGAGAAAGAGCACACUGCUGGUGAUACUGUGUUUUGCCCAGAAUGCAACAGUGAUCAUGUGAUCCAGCUAGCUGGCCAAACAGCUCCUUCCACCAGUACGCCAGUCCCCUGUGACUUUGGUCAGAAUGGUGACCGAUGCUUCAGAUUUGAUUAUGUUGACACUCAGAAGCCCUUGAUCCAGGGUGAAUCUCUUCACAGCCCCAUCCAUGAAAGAAAGUCCUCUGAAUCCUCUACACUGCCUGAGGGUACCACAGACACCUUCCUCACUGCUCAAUGCGGCCUAUUAAACAGUGUAUCCAGUCAGAUUGAGGACUGCCCCGACCAUCUAAUUAGCUUCCAGUCAUCUGACAGCCAAGUGCUCAGCGAUAAGGGAGUGUCAGAGGAUGGGCUUGCUCAAAGCUGUAGUGGCUCUCAGUGGCUUCUGAACCACCAAUCGCCUCAACACACACAAGGAUAUGAUCUGCUGUCCGAAGAUUUUGAAACUGUCGACCACCGGUUGAAGCUCUUCCUGGAUGUGGAAGUUUUUGAGGGAGAAGAAGAAAUUCAUUGCUUCCUGAAAAUGUCUGCUGUGAAAUAUGGAGAUCCAGUAGAAUUCUCAUCUCUUAUGGUUGUGUCCAAUCAGCGCAUCUACAUCCUAGAAAUGACCUCUCAGUCAGAAGGGCAUCCAUCAGAAUGGCUGCAGAAGCGGGACAGCCAUCGGCUGUGUGAGCUCAGCUACCUGGAGGUGGGUCUCGGUUCACAAAGCAUCCACAUGGAGUUUGAUGUGAGAGCUGCUGCGUACACACUUUUGGUUCGCGACAGUGCUCGGUGCAAAAACUUCUUCAACCGACUGACAGCAAUAGCAAGGGAACUUGCCCCAAAGUCUGACAGCAAGCUUAAGACCAUCUCAACCACACGACUGAAUCCCAAACACCAUCUGUGGCCCCUGGUUUGUGAGGGCAGUAAGACAGGCAAUGAAGAAGACAGCCAUCCUCCAUUCUUUUACCUGCUGGCCUUCCUCCAUCUAGGUAACUCUUUGACCUCAGUGACUGUUCUGGCCACUCAAGAAACACUUUUCCUCCUUGAUGAAGAUCACCAAUGGAGUAAGAGCUGCUCCAGACUUGCGGCCAAUGAGGAGGCACAAACCACCAGCGGGCAGGUCACCGUUCGCGAAAUGCAGCCUAUCAGCUGUGUCAGCUCUAUCCUUCUAUUCUCAUCUGAUCCAUGCCAGGUGGACAUUCAACUUUAUGAUGAGCUGGCUAAAGAGGAGAAGACAUGGCCUUUAAGGGCUGAGGCUGUGAAGGAGGUCCAAGGUUUAGUGCACUGGAUCAAGGACCAGUGGGAGGCCAUGUUUGGGGUCAAACUCAUCACUGCUAUUCAGUAGUGACUUUGUUCCUCUUCUGCUAUAUUUUCUCUCAUUGCACUGUUCUCAGUCUUUUUAUGAGCACAUCAGUUUGUUUGCACUGUCCACUUGGGUUUUCCACAGAUUUUAUCUAUGUGUAUUAUCUAUUUAUUUUCGGUGUAUUAUUAAUGACAAUGUUGCUUAUUGUUCUAGGACAUCAUGCACUAGGUCGUGUGGAAUAACAUCAUGAUUUAGAUGAUGCAGAAUAUUCUCUUUCUUGCUGCAAAGAUUUCAUUAAUUCAGUAGCCAUGCAUGUACAUAGCUAAUCAAAGUACGUUUGUUGUCACACAUGGAAAUAUGCAUUGCAACAUAAGGCACUUUAAUCAGAGGGUAAUGUAGUCUGUUAUGAAUAAAGGUUGUAUUGGAAUCCACUAUUCUUAACAGUUAGGAUUAGGAUGUAUAUGUUUUCAGUGGUUAAUUGAGAUCCAUUUAUAAGUAUAAAGGCACCUGACUGUAAAAUUAGUUUCAGUUUCUGCUAAGUGUAUAGUGCAUCAUGUAAAAGAAAAUUAGAAGGUAUAUGACUGCAUUACAUCACAUCACUGAUCCAUAUUUCUCUUUUUUUUUUUUUUGGGUGCGUUAUCCCACGUAUAACUGCUUUCAUUCAGCACCUUGGAUUGUAUAUUUUUUCUGGACAUGUUGUCAGAACUUUCUUUUAUGAAUGCAAAAUACUGUGUGUAGAAAAACACUGUUCAUGUCACAUAAUUGUGUGAAGUGUUCAUUUGUAAGCCUAUUUAUUCAUGUACAGGCCCUUUUUCUAUAGAUUUAUUUCAGUGGAAAAGAAUGGCUUUUUAUUUUUGCUACCUAAAUAAACAGUGCCUGUCUUGAUAUAA